AUAACAUACAAUUACUUUAUUUAGGUGAUCCUCGUGCGGAGAGCGCGAUAAUAAUUAGACAAAAUGACGCGAGGCAACACAGAGUUAGGGGAGGUUACUCACCACAAUAUCAAACAGUUGAAGAAGUUAAACCAAGUGGUCUUUCCAGUUUCUUACAAUGACAAGUUUUACAAAGAUGUACUAGAAGUUGGAGAAUUAGCAAAACUAGCAUAUUUCAAUGACAUAGUGGUAGGAGCUGUGUGUUGUAGGAUAGACGUCUCAGAAAACCAGCGCAGGUUAUAUAUAAUGACUCUGGGAGUCUUAGCGCCUUAUAGGAGAUAUGGAAUAGGUACUGUAAUGCUAGAACAUGUACUGAAGAUUUGUGAGCAGGAUGGAAAUUUUGACAAUGUUUACCUGCACGUACAAGUCAAUAAUGAUAGCGCAAUCAAAUUUUAUGAAAAUUUUGGAUUUGAGAUUGUUGAAAGAAAACAGAACUAUUACAAGAGGAUAGAACCUGCAGACGCAUUUGUUUUACAGAAAACAUUUAAAAAGUGAUGUGGACAAAAUUUCCUAUUAUUCAAUGACUACUUGGUUGCCAUAAGAAAUGUUUGCUUGGAUAUGUUUAUGAAAAGCAUCUGUAUAUGACUAUAUUAAUGCAAACAUUUAUUGAACCCACUUUCAAAAUCACAUUAAAUUAACACGGGAGACAUAUUUUUUAUGCAAAAUGUUGACUCGUUAAUUUAUCAAAAUUAUUCAAUUAUUAUUCUGUUGAAAAGAAUGAAGCCUGAAAAGAUCUCACUAUUGAAUGCCUGUGGCGUUUGAUCAUUUGGAUUUUCCCACCAAUUAUGUAGAAACUAGAGAGCAGAGGAAGGUUUGUUGGCCGUAGAAAAAUACUUCAUUAAGAAGAAAGACUUCCUGUUCAAGCAACAGUUUCUUAAUAUAUGAUCUACAACUUA